UUCCCAAUCCUGCAAUUCACCAAGCAAAAGAGAAUGAAACGAGCAUUCGAUGACCUAACCAGUGGUGGCGCCACCCCAAUUUCCGCCACCAAUAUCAAGAAACCUGUCUUCUUAACCAAAGCACAACGUGAACAACUAGCAAUUCAACGUCGUGAAGAGGAAGUAGCCGAACAAAAACGCCGAGCAGAACAAUUAGCUCAACAACAACAAAACCCUAACUCCUCCUCCUCCAACAACCACCGCUCUGCUCGCGCCUCUUCUCCAUCUCAUGAUUCUCGCCACCACCGUUCUCGUGACAGAGAACGUGAUCGUGAUCGUGAGCGUGAGCGUGAGCGUGAGCGUGAUAGAGAACGAGACAACGAGAGAAGAAACCGAGAACGGGAAAGAGAAGAAGAGAGUAGAUCUAGAGAAAAAAGUAGGGUUGAGAAACAAGUGGAAAGAGAGAAGGAGAAAGAACUUGAUGCUAUCAAAGAACAGUACUUAGGUACUAAAAAACCUAAGAAGAGAGUGAUUAAACCUAGCGAGAAGUUCAGGUUUUCGUUCGAUUGGGAGAAUACAGAGGAUACAUCGAGAGAUAUGAAUGCUCUUUAUCAGAAUCCACAUGAGGCUCAGCUUUUGUUUGGCAGAGGGUUUCGAGCUGGUAUGGAUCGUAGAGAGCAGAAGAAAUUAGCUGCCAAAAAUGAGAAGGAAUUGCGAGAAGAGAUUAGGAAGAAGGAUGGUAUAGAAGAGCGUCCCGAGGAUUUGGCGAUGCAGAGACAGAAAGAAGAAGCUGCUGAUUUAUACGAUACCUUUGAUAUGAGAAUUGACAGGCAUUGGUCUGAUAAGAAGCUUGAGGAAAUGACUGAAAGAGAUUGGAGGAUUUUUAGAGAGGAUUUCAAUAUAUCGUAUAAGGGUUCAAAGAUUCCCAGGCCUAUGAGGAAUUGGCGUGAGAGUAAUUUGAGUACUGAGUUGUUGAAAGCUGUGGAGAAAGUUGGGUACAAGACUCCGUCCCCGAUUCAAAUGGCUGCAAUUCCUUUGGGCUUGCAGCAGCGUGAUGUGAUUGGGAUUGCCGAGACUGGUUCCGGUAAGACUGCUGCUUUUGUACUUCCUAUGUUGACUUAUAUAUCUAGGUUGCCUCCUAUGAGUGAGGAGAAUGAGGCUGAAGGGCCUUAUGCUGUUGUUAUGGCGCCUACUAGGGAACUUGCACAACAGAUUGAGGAUGAGACUGUGAAAUUUGCUCAUUAUUUGGGCAUUAAAGUUGUUUCUAUUGUGGGUGGACAGUCUAUUGAGGAACAAGGGUUUAAGAUUAGGCAAGGCUGUGAAGUUGUAAUUGCAACUCCUGGACGUUUGAUUGAUUGUUUGGAGAGGCGUUAUGCUGUUCUGAAUCAGUGUAAUUAUGUUGUUCUUGAUGAGGCUGAUAGGAUGAUAGAUAUGGGUUUUGAACCGCAAGUGAUGGGAGUUUUAGAUGCGAUGCCUUCGAGUAAUUUGAAGCCGGAAAAUGAAGAUGAAGAACUUGAUGCCAAACGUAUUUAUAGGACCACUUAUAUGUUUAGUGCUACAAUGCCGGCUGCUGUGGAGCGGUUGGCUAGGAAGUACUUGAGGAAUCCUGUGGUGGUCAAUAUUGGAACUGCUGGUAAGGCUACUGAAUUGAUAACUCAGAAUGUAAUCAUGAUAAAGGAAUCAGAGAAAAUGCCAAGGCUGCAGAAGCUGCUCAAUGAUCUGGAUGACAAGACCGCAAUCGUAUUUAUCAAUACUAAGAAAUCAGCUGAUUUUCUUUCCAAGAAUCUGGACAAGAACGGUUACCGUGUGACAGCUCUUCAUGGAGGGAAGUCUCAGGAGCAACGUGAAAUUAGUCUCGAGGGAUUUAGGAACAAGAGGUUCAAUGUUCUUGUUGCGACAGAUGUGGCUGGGCGUGGAAUUGAUAUCCCUGAUGUUGCGCAUGUCAUAAACUAUGAUAUGCCAGGGAAUAUUGAAAUGUACACUCAUCGUAUUGGAAGAACAGGUCGUGCUGGUAAGACUGGUGUGGCCACAACAUUUUUGACUUUGCACGACACGGAUGUCUUCUAUGAUCUUAAGCAGAUGCUUACUCAGAGCAACAGCCCUGUGCCACCUGAGCUGGCUAGGCAUGAAGCUGCGAAGUUCAAGCCGGGGUCGGUUCCUGACAGACCUGCUCGACGAAAUGACAUGGUUUAUGCCCAGCAUUAGUGCCAGUUUAGCUGCUAGAGUCGAUGAUACUAUUAAAAACUGAUGGCAGAUAUUUAUUUUGGGCGGAAAAGUCUGCAUAUAGAAUGCAUGAUUUUCUGAGGUCCACACUGACGUUACCCGCCCAUUCUGAACUAAUGGCAGAUCUUCCCUUCGGAUGGAAAGAUAUUCAUCCUGAAUGCAUGAUUUGUUGAGGUACCUCUUUUAUUUCUGCCUUCGUAGUUAGUUUGAUAGUAGAUGUUUUGUACUGAUGCAGGAUAAGUGUUCAUGAUGAUGAUGAUGUGCAUGCUAGCUUAAUCCCCAAUUGAGCUUAGCUUCAGUAAAAGAAGGCUCUGAAAGUAACCCGCUUUGCUAUCCCAUAACCAAUGUAUGAGCUUGUUUCUGAAGGUGAUUUUUCGCUGUUUGGCAGAAAGUUCCAAUUCUUGUUGAUAUGUAAGUAGUCUUGGUACCUUCAUUACUUUUACUGCUGACUUCUUUAUUUUGGAGCCGUAAAAAUAUCCCCGUGUUAAAUCUUUUAGAGUUGGUAACAAUUUUGUUUUUGCUGUCUCUUCUGUUUUGCGAACUCAGACUUUUUUAAUGAUCCUGGGUCUAUCAAUUAUCUUGAGCAUUUUCUCUUCAGUGUUUUGUGGAACAAUAGAGUUGGUAACAAUUUUGUUUUUGCUGUCUCUUCUGUUUUGCGAACUGGGUCUAUCAAUUAUCUUGGGCAUUUUCUCUUCAGUGUUUUGUGGAACAAUAAAGCAUCUAGCAUCGUAGCCGGCAAAGGGUACCCAAAGGCCUAGUCUUCUAGGGUGAAGAAAGGGUGAUAGACCCUGAUUGUAGGGCGUGUCAGCAAAGUUUACAGUCUAGUUGGACUUCUAGAUAUUUAUAUCAUAUUUUUCCCGGAAACUGCCUAGCUGAUUUUUCCUCAGCUUAGUUGUUCAUGGCUUAGUUAUACAUGUUGCUCAGCAUACAACUGAACGUGGCAGUAAUUUUGGUAGUGAUGAGAAUGAUCAGCAUAAUAUUUAAUGAAACAGUUUGCCCUUCGAUGGACAAGUUUCUCUGUAUGUUUGUGAAAACUGGAUAUUUUUAGUUUUGGGUUCUUACAAGGAAACAGAAGAGAAGACCAGUUCUGCAAUUGGCCUUUCUUUUUUUCUUUGGAAUGUGGAGGCAAUGUUGUGUAUGUCAUAGUUUUUAAAUAAUUUUGAGUAUUUGAAUCUUGGAUU